AUGUCCAAGUGUUAUAAAGUUGUCAUUGUACCCCACAGGUCACAGAGUGAUACUACGAGGUGGAUAUUGAAGAGUACGCAGACGAGUAGGGUUGCCGUGCUCUCUGGUGGGGGAUCUGGACAUGAACCAUUUGCUGCAGGUUAUGUUGGUCAAGGAAUGUUGACGGGAGCCAUUGCUGGGUCAGUGUUUACUUCACCUCCAGCAAGCGAUAUAUUCACUGCUAUAAAAGCUGUUGCCAACCCAGCGGGGGUGCUGUUGAUUGUUGCCAACUACACGGGAGAUCGAAUCAACUUCGGUAUUGCUGCCGAGAAGGCAAGGUCACGUGGUAUCCAUGUAGAGACUGUGACAGUAGCAGAGGAUUGCGCCCUCACGAGUGUGGACAAGACAGCCGGAAGACGUGGACUUUGUGGCAUUAUCCUCGUACAAAAGAUUGCCGGAGCUCUAGCGGAAGAGGGGCACUGUUUAGAAGAAAUCGUCGAGGUCACGACUAAAGCUGUCAAGCACAUGG